GACCUUCGUCGUUCGUCGUCGUCCAUGCUUUCUUAUUUGUUUUAUGGUUUUUAACUUGUGAACACGUGAAAUAGUUUUUCACGAAUUUUUCAAAAUAUUUAUCACUUAAUUUUAUCGUUAUUUCAACAUCAGUGAUCAUCAUGGCCAAUCAAGAAUGCAUGGAACCACAACUGAAAAAGGGAAGAAUCGAAGAGACACAUUGCUUUACUGGGAAGAAGUUGUGUUGCAAAAAACAGUUACUAUUGAUUCCAAGUUGGUGUGGCGUCUUGCAUCACGGGUAUUGGCGCGACAAUGAUCAAGAGAAAGAAGUUGUGGUGAGAAGAAUUCAAAAAGUGGACUGCCAAUUAGACUGGAAAAACAUCGUCGAUCAACAUCUAGCAAAUUCUUUGAAUCAUGAAAAUGUAUUGAAAAUUAUUGGAUAUGAAGAGGAUGUGGAUCUCAUGAGAUAUUUCGCUCUUGAGCGGUUUGACGCUACCCUGGAACAGUAUUGCAAUAAGCAAUACACGGGACCUAUGCCAUUCAAACCAAACACCCUUUGGCAAAUAUCCAGCGGACUAAACUUUUUACACGACAAAGGACUCGUACAUGGACAACUUAAUCCUAGUUCGAUUCUGAUUGUUCGGUCUCAGUCGGUUUUAAUUAAGAUUUCAGAUUCCCUUCAUGAAAGUUUACAAUACUCGGGAAAUGAUUGUCUCCUACAUCCAAAAUACUGGAUGUUACCUGACGUUUGCUCACCUAAUAGGCAAAGUAGGAAAAAAAUCACGUUUGCUUUUACAGUUUACGGAGACGUGUUUGCAGCUGGAUGCCUUUUCUUUUAUUAUUUGUCCCGAGGGUUACAUCCUUUUGGGAAUGUAAACGCAUCCAUUCCUGUCAACAUAGCAAAAAAUAUGCCUGUCAAUUUAAACAGAUUAGGCAGUAAUCACUAUGCUUACCGAUCAAUCAAGUAUAUGGUAGGAGAACCAUCCCAAACCGGAACCCAGUAUUUGCGUAUAGCUGCUGCAUAUUUCAAAGAUUUCUCUCCAUAUGAGUUCAAGGAAGUUGUGAAGUCGGUGCCUGAAAUCAACGGAGAAGUGUUUUUCCACUUUCACCCAACGUUACCCAUUCUCGCUUGUUGCAAAUGCAAUAGAUUGACUAUUUUCACUGCUUCCAAGGUUUCCAUACCUUUUUCGAGCUGGAAAGAAGCCGAAUUGAAAUUUGAGGGGCAAAACCUUAAAAAAAUUACGGCGCUUCAAUGGGAUCAUAAGGGAGACCAUGUUGCAGGAUUCCAAGAUGGUUGCGUCGCUGUGUGGAGCUAUCCAGUCGGUGAAAUGGUCUUUCGAGUGAAGCAGCAUUUGGAAGAAGUUAUCGCAAUCUACUGGUCUCCUUCUAAACAUGAGUUAUUUGCCACUUAUGAUCGCAAUCGGCAGCAAAUGUUACUUUGGAAUUCAUACCCUACACUUAAACAGAAAACUCUUUUUCACACAAUUAUGUGUGCUGAAAAUAUUGUUAAUAUGGCGUGGACGAAUAACCAGCAAAUCAUUGUCGGGUUCGACAAUAGCACAAUCAAAAUUUUUCAAAUUGACGAAAUCGAACCAUUCCUUGUUAAAAUAUUUCAACUCAAAGACAGUAUCAUCAGGAAUUUAUUUUGGGAUGAAGCCACACAAUAUUUGGCAUCUGUAUCAUUAAACAAGUUGAACAUUUGGUCUUUGAAUAGCGAAGGAAUUAUUCACUCAUUUAAGAUUGACCCAAAAUGCAAUUGUUUUGCAUGGCGUCCGAAUAACAAAACAAGUGACGAAAUUGACGUGGCCAGGAAAUCAUCAAACAAUUUCAAUUUUGCUUAUGGACUGAGCAGUGGUUCGAUCGUCGUCUGGAAUCCCUUUGAAGAAACAAAAAAGCCUCUCAUUCUUGAUAAACAUACAGAUUGUGUACUUCUCCUCGUGUUCUCCCACGAUGGAAAAUUUCUGGCGUCAACUUCUAAAAACGAAAUAAUUAUCUGGUCCACUGAGUCUUGGUCCCCUGUGUUCGUCGGAGAAUCUGAUUAUUACGGAUUAUCGUGGCUAACUGCAGUUUCAAAUGGGGAACCAGUUUAUAAAUUGGUUAUUUCUUCAAGCCACAGCGUGGUGUGUAUACUAAAUUAACUUAAAUUCGCAUUGUUGAAAUUGCUGACAACGAAGUUGAAAUUUUUAAUAAGAUGUAAUUGAUUUUAAUUGUUGAAACUAUGCUUUACUAAAACGCAGAUAUACCCCGAUUUCCAUUA